AUGGCAAUCCAUCUAUUCUGCUGUAUCACCAUCCAACCCACCAAACUCCCAAAUCCAGAACACGAGCAAACCUUCACCGAAUUCACUAAAUGGGCCCUCACUACAAUCGGCAAUCUAACAGGAUCCACCGAUCCCUCCGAGGCAAGCGUCUGCAUCCAGCUCGUGCGCCAAGUCACCAACGGACCGGUAGAGUCUAUUCGAUACUUCGUCGCAAGUGACAAGCACGGGAGUUUCGAAGAAGUCUCCGAGGACGGGAUUGUGGAUGCGAAUUUCGUGAAGAUUAAUGAGACAAAAACCUUCCAAUGCACCCAACACAACCGAGUCUUCGACAUCAACAUCUACGAACCAAGCACGGGGAGCUCACGUCAUUGGCGAGCCAGUAUCGCGAAACCGCUUAAGCAGCUAGAGAAUGCAAUCAAGCAUAAGAUAUCAGGACCUGGACCUGGGUCUGCGUCAAGGUCAGUGUCAGGAUCAAGACCAGUGAUGGCACCAACGGGGUCUGGAGUUGGGUAUAGAGCCGGCUCGGGUUAUGGAUACGGAUCCGGGAUGGGAUACGGCUCUGCAUGGGGAGCUAGUCUGGGAUCUGGUUGUGGGCUGGACUGGGGAACUGGGAGUUCGACAGCUUUCGAUAAGCAUGUGCCGUCUUCGACGACUGUUGAGACUGGGUCUAAUUAUUCUGACUCUGAUUCUGAUGGAGAAGACCAAGGCGAGGUCCAAGUCCAAGUACGAAUGCAAGAUCAGAACCAAGAGGCUGGGUUAUCUCAGCCUAUUGAUGAGACUGAAUAUACCAACCAGGAUGGCAAUGAAUACCAACGUUUUUCGUCUUCGCUUACGUUCGACACCCAGGUAUCUCAAGAUGAUGACACGAAGUCAUAUUCGCCUCCGGAGAGCCAGGUCACUUCACAUGAAGAUUGUGUAAGUCAGAGUUACUUGGAUACUGAGACCUACGGCUGUUAUUAUUCUGGCGGGCCUUCUGAUGACUAUGGUAGCUAUGACUGUGAUGGAGGGAACAAUGAUUCGACGUAUGAUCAGGAUUAUGGAGGUUGUGGAGGUUGCGAAGAUUGA